AUGAGCGGCAACGUUGGGAGUCACAAUCAGAGAUUCAACGCGGAAGCUGAAGAGUUUUCCUUGGAAAUGAUUUACGAGAUGGCCGAGCGAUACCUCAAGGAGAAAUGUGGCAUCUUUGAUAACGAGGAGUUUGCUGUGCCAAAACAAACGUUGGACGUGAUAGAGAACGUCAAAGAAAAGAUCGGAACAGCGUUCAACGAUGCUAUUGCAACUUUGCAAGUAGGAGAGGGCGAUCGACGAGAACAACUGCAAGACAAACUCUUCGGAAAGUUUUGUCCAGUUUCGUCAAGUAAUGGGAUACCAAGGGCAUGGGAACAGGACGAAGAAGAGCGAAUUUUGCACCAAAGAAUUCCAAUGUGGAAACAAAAGUUGACGCGAGACCCGAGAGUAGUUGAAGUCGACUCUGAGCGCGCGCGAAACGCGAGGGUUCAGAGAGAUACUACCUUUACUGGGCGAAUUAUUAUGAACGCGAUGGCCGUCAUUAAUUUUGUCUAUGUAUCGUUGACCAGCUUUACGGCACCUUUUGUAGGCAACGUCGUCAAACAAGUGUUCUUCAACUGGGGUCCGUGGGAUGACAUUCACACGCAAUUAUGGGAAGAAUACCAGAAAACGACGCAGGGAGACGCUUGGUACAACAAUUUCCCAAACCAGGAGUUUGCACACAAAACUGAUGGAAGUCCUUCGACUACGCGCGCUCUUUUCGAUUGGAUCAACAAAAUGUUUUUACCGACGAAAGUAAAUAUUUCCAUGGAAAACGUUUGUCCGUACUCGCUCUAUGAGGAGUGGGCAAGAAAAGAGAAAGCAGAUGGAAAGAAGCCGCCAGAUGGAAAGAAGCCGCCGCAUCGAACACCAGACUUCUUCAAGGAAAUCGCGCGUGAUACUUUCUUCAGGUGGUUGUCUGCUCCGGAGAAGUCAAAGACAGACUCUGUGAUGAUGGUUGCCUCAAAUACGAUAGAAGCUUUCAUUGAGGAGGUAACGUCGGAAAGGUGGCGCGAAAAGUAUUUACUUCUGCGUUUGGAUAAUUCGGCGUACACAAUUUUGAGCUCGCGCGAUGAGAUCCUUCGAGCGGAUCUCGAUUUCACGAUAAAUGUCUGGAAUCCGCACGUUUUUGGUAUUUACAUGCUCUGCGACCUCCAAUGCGCAACGGGCGAAAAGGACAUUUUCAUCGAAGCGAUUCCAGCGCCUUCUGGCAUGGUUAAGGUGGUUCCAGAAGAGAGUCGAGGUCAGUCGUACCGGCGCAUCGUAAGUAUCGCCGAGGCGAGCAACAACAUGCGACGUCGUUGGGCACGUACCGGUUGGAUUACUGAAGCGGCAAAAGGUCUCAUUGCACUAAAUACUAAAUUCCUGGAGGAGGAUUCCACAUCUCCCGAGACACCUACGCCUGCGAUGGAUUUUAUGGAUUCGGAGAACAACAACGGAAAUGGAGGUGCUUAUGGGUCUGGGUCGAGGAACAACAACGGAAAUGGAGGUCCUUUUGGGUCCAGUCAGGCACAACAACGCGCGUCGUAA